AUGAAGAAACUCGUCCGAAAGCUUUCCACCCGAAAGCCAGAAAGCAGUACUCUCACAGCACAGGCCAAGAUAUCGAAGGCCAGAGGGAGCUCAUCGUCGCUAUCACAAGCAGACCAACACUCCCAGUCCAUUUCCGCUUCUCAUCUCCCGCUUGAAGUUAAACACCCCUCCGCUUCUGGCACGCAACCAGGAUUCAUCCCAUUCGGCACGACGCUCCACUUCCCAGCAUGUCCACACACUAUACCGCCGACACCUCGACCAGCGAACAUCCCUCCAGUUCUUCUCACGCAAGUAUCGUCCAGCCAAUCCCCAUCGCCCCGUGGUUCUCGAGAACACAUCCUUGCCACCGACUCUGAUGAUGCCACCCGCAGAGAAGCCGUCGUCGUGAACCAGUUCUUCACGUCCCCGCGCCAGUGCCUCGACUGCACCUUAUCACUGGCGCGUGAGUCGCAGCGCAUGACGCACGAAGCGUUCGAUGCCAAAAUCCGUGCGGGCCGGAGACGCAUUGGCCUUGCGUGCGCGGAUCUCGCGGCCGCUAAGACGAGAGAUGGUCGUGCUAAUUGUAAUAAUGGGGCCCUGUGUGGUGAGAUAUUCCAGGCGAAACAAAUCGUGCACGGCUGGAUGGCCAAGCGCGACGAGCAGGUCAAGUCCAUCUGGGAUGCCGUGAUUAAGGACUGGGAAGGCGGUGUCAGAGAGGUGGUAUAUGAUGAUGGCUCUGGUGAAGGACUGGAGAAGUGUAGCUUCCGGAGCAGAUCGGUGCCGGUUGCGGAUGCUGAUGUCGAUGGAUCGAACCGCGAUGGUAGUGCGGAGGCUGAGGGUGGGUGGUGCGUCGAUGUUGUCUGGGAGAGUAUUGAUUGA